UCGUCGUGAGGUUUACAGCAAAAAUAGAACGAGACAAAUUAAAGAGACUCGACGAGCCGAAUCUGAUUAUGGAAGUCCUCGCGAGACGUGUUUGGCCGAAUCUGAUGAAGUCGUUGGAUUUGUUUUGACGUCAUCGUCGGGUUCACCGUAAUGGAGUGAGCCAUAGAGAUGGGAUGAGCGAAUCUGACAGUGGCACCGCAGACGGAGAGGGCAAGAAUAUCCAGAGAGAGACCAACAAAGAGAGUCACGCAGACCUAUAUCAAAAUCAGCCGGACGGUCGACUCGGCAAGACGGCAACUCCUCUCCCCCGACUGUCUGACCCCGACAGCCCCAACCCCGACCUUCCC